AUCACGCCAAUCUGUCGCACAAGGGCGAGGAUGCUGCAUCCGCGGGUCGUCUUUUGGGAGCAAUCGAGUGUCAUUUAUUGGAUUCAAAAAGUGUCACAGGAAUGUAGCAUUGGCCGCAUGAUCCCCAGGUCUUUUUAAACCACUGCAUGCUAUCAUGAUAGCGUGAUGUCGUGAAUGUUAUUGUAAUAGCGUAGUUAUUGACAAGCCGAGCGCGUGCAAUGUGUGGCGGCAGUUAUUGGUAAACAUCAAUCAAACAUCAAUCUAGACCAAGAUGCUACAAGCCUCCAGUAUUUUAGGGCAUGAGAGGCCCCUGGUCAUCAGGGUAUCAUUCAGCACCUUUGUUGUGUGUACUGUGUGCCUACCACUACUUGGACUAAUAACCUGCAUCUUCAUAUCCUCUGUUCUUCAUUAUGAGGACUCUACUGGUACACAUUGUCGGGUCCCCAAUUACCUGCCAUCUAUCAGUGCCUCAAUAAGCCUGAGCCCUGAGUGCCACAUAUGGCGGUUCUGUAUCGGACUGCACUCGGCUCCGAGGCUCCUGGUGGCGUUUACCUACUUCAAAUUGUACAAGACACGUUUUACCUCGAAGUUCCCGGAGAGUUUAUUCAGUUGCUUCAGCCUGGCCUUUUCUGUUUGUGAAAACCUUGGCCUCUUGCUCCUCACAUAUGUGUCAUCAAGUGAAACAUACUUUGUCCAUAAGGAAGGCUUUGUGCUCUUCCUUGUCAGUUCCCUUAUCUACAUGCUGAUAACCUGCCGUUUAUGGAAGACUAUUAAGAAGUAUUCAUUAAGCCCUGAGGAUGCCAAGUCUCACUGUUGGAAAGUACGCUUCUUACUUCUGAACGUAUCCUUCUGUGCUUUCGCCGGAUUCUUUUACUGGAAACACACCAUGUACUGCGAAUCGGGAAGUUACACUUUAUUUGCCCUGUUUGAGUAUCUUGUGGUCUUCUCCAAUAUGGCCUUCCAUCUCACAGCAGUGUGGGACUUUAAGAGCCGGGAGUUCAUGAUCAUUUCGACCUCUGAAGAUAAAUACUUCUGACUAGAAACUCAAGGACUAAGUGCUGACUGUACAACCACACAAUCACCUGAUGUUAACAGCUUUGAUACUACACAAGGGGAAGAGAGGGAUGAAAGCAUUUCCCACAUAUUUAUAUGAUUAUGCUCUUAGGUCCUUAAAGGAGCCAGACAAGCACAUGUGCUCCUACGUGUUCAAAUCAGUGAGCUGUAAGUGCAUUGUUUUAGCCUUAGUGUCUCAUGUACGGAUACCUUCGCCUAUACACACAUUCCUAUGUUUUGUGAAAUGUUACAUUUCAACUUUUGUACAAUGCACAACAACAAGAUGUGGUCUGUAUGUGUGCCAAAUUAAAGUGACAGUCUUGGUCUACAUUUUUUAAAUUCAGUUAACAAUAGAAAUCAUGCAGCAGUUCUCAAAUGUGAAUGAUCUGUACUACAUGUGACCUCAAUGCCCAAGUUCAUGCUGCUGGAUAAAACCCCACUGUGGCCAUGUACAAAGGCAAAUCUCUAUAGUUUUUCUUUAAUAGUUCUAACAACACCUACUGCACCAUGGUGAAUUUAUUUUACAUAUUAAUAUGCUUUAAGUUACUUUAUGAACCACUUUUCAAAAUGCUCAUCCUUAAAAGAUGUAACCAAGUCUUGUUUAAAUGAUGAUGUUUAGAUACUAGUGUAAAUAUAACCCUUAACAAUAUUUGAAUACCUUAAAACUUCUUGUCAUGAUCCAUAGUCGACCCUGAUGAUGUAAAUAUUUACAACUACUAGCAACAAGUUUAAUUUCUGCUGAAAUGCUUUGAAUCAUAUACAUUUAUAACAAACUCAUACAACUUUAUUUUGUUUAUGUGUGGUUGUUUCACUUGCUAAUGUAAAUUAAGAUCAGUUAAUUAUUUUAAAAAUCCUCCAACAUGACUAUAUGUACAUAUAAAGUUAGACAUUCAUAUGUCUAGGAUUAGUCAACAUUGUUUCAUUAUUUAAAAAAAUAGUUUCCUGACAACGAUAUGUAUCACAAUAUGUUAAAUGUAUGCUAAAUCAAGGCGAUCGCAAUUUGUUCCACUGUUGAAGUAUAACAUUUUAAUUAUUAAUUGAACUACUUGGCAUAAGACAAAACUAAAAUAAACAAACAAAAUCUUCAAUAA